AUGCCACACAUCGAAAAACUAACCCCGCUUGACGCGGCCAUGCCGAGAACAUACAUCAGGGUGCUCCUGGUCUUCCACGCGGCGUCGCCAUCGAGGUCAGUCACAGAGACACUGCAAGACGGCCUCGACAAGCUGAGCGAGCAGGUCCCCUGGCUAUCGGGGCGGGUAUUCGCUACCGAGGGCAGCAAAGGAUGCGAGAUUCGAUAUGAGGAAGGGGAUAGGGCACCACUGCUUGUUGACAAGGGCACCAUAGCGCGGGCGGCAUUGGACGAUACCCCACCGGAGGUCUGGCCUGUUUCUGGGAGUGUGCUUGAAGAUGGUGCGCCCGUUUUUGCGGCGAGUAUCUUUCGCUUCACGCCUUUGCCUGCAGGUGCAAACAACGAGCAAAGCGAGGAAACGGAAAGCAAAAGCGUAGGCUUAUGCGUCUGCAUCCAUCACAACGCUGUUGAUGCUACGGGCCUCACGGAGAUCAUAAAGCUGUGGGCGGAAAAUGUUAAGAACGGAUCGCUUGCUGUCUACCCAUCGGCCGGGGGUAAAGAGAGGAGGCCAAGGCCCGUCCAGCUAUCAGAAGCCCUCUCCCCAGACCUGGCAGACCUCGAGACCUCCGGGACUGGCACGGACGACCUCCUCGCCCUGCACCCCGAGUACUCAGCUCUCCCACCAGCUCUACCAUCAGCACAGACGGAAUGCACAUCCAAGCUCUUCACCAUCUCCACCCACUGGCUCAACACCCUCAAGCAACUCCUCCACAAACACACCCCAAAGCCACCAAGCACAAACACCCUCCUCUGCGCCCUCCUCUGGACAACCAUCACGCGCGUCCGGAGCCGCCGCGAUGGAUCCCUAGGCACGAAGACAAGCCGCCUCGUAACGGCCGUGAAUGGCCGAUCGCGUCUAAACAUGACCAGCCACAGUGAAAGUGAAAGUCAGCGGCCGUACCUCGGAAACGCCGUCCUCUACGCCCUAACCACAUACCCAGCGGUGGAUCUUGCCUCCUCAACAUCCGACGCAGACCCGGACCCAUGCGCGUACCCCAUGCGCUCCCUAGCCGCCAUCUGCGAACACAUCUCAGCGUCCCAGGGCCCCAGCACCAUUUCCAAGCGGCAUAUCGCGGAGGUCUACGCUCUGCAUGAGAGUGCACGACCGUUGUUCCCGGGGUGGGACCUCUUUGGCUCGCGGGACGUCGUGGUGACCAGCUGGGCAGACCAGGGGCUGUACGAGGUCGAUUUUGGAGAGGCGCUGGGGUGUCCCGGGGCUGUGAGGCUUCCGGGGUUAGAGGAGAGGGUUUUUGCGGAUGGGGUUGUGCUUGUGUUGCCGCGAUGCCGGGGGAAGGGGGAGGCGGAAAGGCUUGAGGUCUCGGUUAUGUUGCGUCGGGAUGAUAUGGUUGCGCUUGAGGGGGAUAGUUUGUGGCAGACGCUUGUUUCGGUUUGA